AUGGAAGAAAACAGCAAACGCGAAGCUGAUCAUACAAAACUUAAAGAAGAUACUACUAGCCUCAAGACCAAAAACACUGAGCUUAAAGCCGAAGCUUUGCCUCAUCAAAAUCCAGACUUAUCUUUGGACAACAAUACAUCUAAUUUAUCUUGUGGCUCAAAAACUGCCUCCUUAGAGAGGGAUGAGCAAAUUCAUGUAAUUUUAGCAGAGUCAGAAUUUCUAGAAACUGAAAUAUCUAAAUUGGAACAAGACAAUAGCACAAUAAAUGACAACCCAAGUCGUAAUCAGGCACAAAGUAUCAUUUCUUCUGAAAUAAAUAUUAUGACCAAGCAUCAACCUAAGGAUACUUUCACUUCUAACAAGGUGGAAUGUGUACCAUGUGACCUCGGGUCUCACCCUUAUGUGACUAAAUCGUCUAACUCAAAUAAUUUAGCGGAAAGUAAGAGUUUGCCAGAAAUUUGGGUAAGUACUCCACCUUCACCUCAAAUUCCAAAAAUAUCCAAUGCCCCGAUGCUCCUCCCAUUCAAGAAGAUGCUAUCGAAAGAGAAACAUAAAGAGGUUAUUAACAAAUUAACCAUACAUUUCACUAAUUCUCCAAAGUUAGACCUAUAUUUUAGUAUAGAUAAGGAAGGUAAGUGGUGGCUUGAUAAUCAAGGUAAAAAGAUAUAUUAUUUGCAUUGCACUAAUUUAAAAGAGCCAGGAAUUUCUCUUGAUGAUGUACUAGAAGCUUAUCCCGAAAAUUCAAAAUUAAUUCAGGAGUUAAAGACUCAAUGCUACACAUUACCUAUUCCUUGA